AGCCAUUUUGGCUCAAGUCAUCGUGGCAGACGGAAGUGCGCAUCUCCCCAGCACCGCUGCGCAGCGGCCUCCGUCCCGAGCCAUGUCCGGCGGCGCGUACGACGACUACUUCAAGGAGCAGGCAGCCACCGCCAUCGUGACAGUGAAGGACGUUGACGCGCCAGCCUUCAUCAAGGCCUUUGCUGAGCACCUGAAGCGCCAGGGCAGGUUCGAGAUCCCGAAGUGGGCGGACGUGGUGAAGACCAGCAAGCACAAGGAGCUUCCGCCCCUCGACCCAGACUGGCUCUACGUCCGCACCGCCUCGAUGGUGAGGAAGAUCUACAUCCGCGGUGGCACCGGCGUCGGUGGGUUCCGCAAGGUCUACGGCGGGCAGAAGCGCCGGGGCGUGUGCACCAACGUCUUCUCCAAGAGUUCCGGCAAGAUCGCCAGGUACGUCCUGCAGCAGCUGGAGGAGAUGGGCCUGGUGGAGCAGGACGAGAACGGCGGCCGGAAGAUCACGAAGGAGAGGGCCAGCGCGAGCUGGACACCGUGGCGGUGCAGGCCGCGGCGACGGAGGAGGACGGCGACGACGAGUAGGCCGGGAUCGCCCGCGCGAUCUGCUGCGGGCCGCUCCCGCCUCGGAGCGCCCCUCUCUCUCCCGUGCGCCUCUUGGUGCCCUCCUACCUCCCUCCUCGCGCCGCCUCGCUGCGCCGGGUGAGGCUGCAGCGCCGAGCUACCCUUGAAAAGGCAGUGCGUCCUGCUCCUCUGCUGGGGACAUGCCCGACCCAAUCCUUUCCUCAUGACAAUUCGAAAUCUCCGGCUGCGGAUGAAUGGCCCUGCGGGUGUUCGUUCGUUCGUUCCCCCUCCUCCCUUCUUCUCCUGUUUCUCCUGCUCGCUCCUCCUCCUUUCUCCCUCCCGCCGCGCACAUUCGUAUGUACAAUUUCUUUAACAUAGGGCGGGUGGGCCGUUUUCAUUAUGCGGCUAUCCAGUUGGCGCACGACUUUCACAACUGCGUUACUCACAGCUGCAUAUGUUUUGGCCUCUCGCCAGGAUAGUUGGUUUUGUCUUGCUCGCGCAAGCAAUACAGGACGUGCAUUGCACCGCAAUGCAUUAUUCAACGUUGUGGUUGCAGAGUUUGAGAGGAGCAAUCGGCUUCCACCACUCAAUUUCAAAGUUAACUAGGCUAUUAUCUGCUGAUUCUCGUAUUACGC